UGCAUUUAUAUUUUUUUCAGUAUAGGAAGUUGCAUAAAUCACAUUACGAAAACAUUGUGUAAAUAAGGUGUUGCUGUAGCUUGUUUUCUUCAGAUGCAGUCAGUAGUCAUUUGUUCAACUUAUUCAUAUAUACUUGUGUUCCAUUUUAGGUCCUCUCUUUUUCAAUUUCUGGGCUAUUCAACCGGUGACCCGCUAGUUCAGUAAAAAAAAACUUGCUUUUUUUGCAGAAGGUCCAUAAAAACAGCAGAGCGUUUCUGUAACUCCGACAAAAUAAAUAGACCAAAAUCCAAUGUCUACUGUGGAGGACAGGGGUUCUGAGGAAUAUACAAAAUAAGAAUAAUAGUGAAGGGAGAACUCCGACCCCCUGCUAUUUAUAUACUAAUUAAUUAGCGUAUAUUUGAACACGACUUACUUGGUAUGAGGUAGCUAUCCGCCUAUUUUGUUUUCCUGAUUCGUGACCCCUGUAACCCUGCCGCGUGACCCCUCCCCAUCGCCCCUUCUCCUCCCUGGUCUCCUGCUUGCUUUAUUAUUGACGGAUGUCCUGCGCCUGGGUUUUCAUCCACGACUCUGAGCAGCUUUGCAGGAUGCAUUUAAAAGUUUGUGUGUGUUGGGAGGCAAGGAAGGGGAGGGGGCUAGUUCCUGCACAUCUGUCGGCAGCUUUUCUCCCAAAGCAGGGAGAAGUUUGUUUUUCACCGCCAAGGAGACAGUGUCUCCCAGCUAGAAGCCACAAUCUUGUCUUGCUUUCUUCCUCUUGGUCCUCAGAACAUGUCCACAUUGCUUUGCUGUGAACUCCCACUAUUAUAAACAUUCUAAUGUUUUAUGUGUCAUGUGUUCAUGUUAAUAAUUCAACAACUCGCUUCCUCGGUCCAGGAGAGAGGUGGGGGCGGUCGGUAAGCGUCGUUGGUUGAUGUUUUGAUGGCUUGUGCCACUACAAUCGGGCACGUAAGCCCCUCUCCCCAAGAGUCUUCUAUAUUUUUUUCAACAGGACCCCACGAGGCUUUCCUGCCAUUGCUUUGCUCUCAGCGAUUGGGACCCGGGGGGGCUUAGACAAACUAAUAGCCCACUAAAAAUACUUGGAGCUCAGCGCGCUGGCCAGGCCUUUUCCUGCGCGUGGGCCACUGCGGAAAGAGGAAAUACAAAGUGGGGGGUGGACUUCUCUCAGACAUUAUAAUGUGUCUCCUCCAUCCACCCUCCUCACACACUGCUGGUUGGAGCCAGUGCAAGCAAGCCCCCCUCCCCACCUUCAUGAGUGACCGUAGGAGCCUGAGGCAAGGGGCUUGAGGUCAGCACGGGGCACUUCGGUUCUCGUCCCUGCUGGUCGGGGUACGAGUAGGGAGCUGGUCUCACCUAACACAUGUGUCCAGGACACUUGUGUCUAUUUAUUCUUGUCUUGCACAUCAGUAGAGCAGCACGAUGGAAGCGGCCAAAGCAUCCAGUGGCUACGUGAAGGAGUUUACCCGCCACUGUAACGACGUGCUGCUCAACCUCAAUGAACUGCGGCGCCGUAGCAUCUUGACGGACACCACCCUGGCGGUGGGCAAUGUGCACCUACUGGCGCACUCUGCAGUGCUGGUGGCCUGCAGCGGCUUCUUCUACUCGCUGCACACACGUCACAUGUUGCUUGGCGGCGGCAGGGAGCAGCUCAUGACCGUGUCUUUCCCCAGCCACCUGGAACCGAGCAGUGUCUCCCUCCUGCUGGACUUCAUGUACACUUCCCAUCUCCCUCUGACGCCCGCCAUCGCCCCCGGCGUGCUGGCUGUGGCGGCUUAUCUGCAAAUGGACCACGUGGCCGACACCUGCCGGGACUUCAUGCAGCUGCACUGCAUUGACAAUAUAAGACUUCCUCAACUGGUGCUGGACUCCAGAGUGUCAGUAGCCUCUGUGGCCCCUAAAGGUGGAGACCUGCCAGGACCACUGAAGUUCCUCCCAGCAGCAGGGACGAUCAGGGUCCCCGAGGAUGGCGAGCGAAUGCCCAUGCCGGGGGCUUUCCCCAGCCUCACGCCUGGCUGUGAGGAGCUGAAAAAGGAGCCCGACUCCCCCGUUGCGGGUGUGCCGGCUCCGUCACCAGACAGCCCUGCACGCUCCACUUGCCAGCCCAGCUCACCUGCUGAGUCCAAAACCUGCAAGGAACACCUUGCGAGCGACACCAAAGCCACACCUGACCCAAAGGUCUGCAACUGGAAGAAGUACAAGUACAUCGUCCUCAAUCCUCUCUGUGCUCGGAGCGCCCUGAAAGAGGAGGCGGAGGAGAGCAGCGCCGUAACCCCGCAAGCCCCCAAAGAGGCGUGGCCUGGUGAAGUGCCCGGUCAGAUGAAAAGACAGGGGCAGGCCUCCUGCUACGAGGGUUCUGGCCGAGCCCCUCCCCCCCGGCCAUCUGCCUCGGCGGAGGAGGGAACAGGCGCUGCUCAUCAAGCCGUCAAGAGAGAGCGUUACUACACGCCGUAUAGUUACCGUAGCAACGGUGGAGCAGCCAAAACCGUCCAGGCGGGCGAGAAGCCAUAUCGCUGCAACGUAUGCGGCGCCCAGUUUAACCGACCCGCCAACCUGAAGACCCACGCUCGCAUUCACUCCGGAGAGAAGCCAUAUCGCUGCGACACCUGCAGUGCACGCUUUGUUCAGGUUGCUCACCUCAGAGCGCAUGUGUUGAUUCACACUGGAGAGAAGCCUUACCCCUGUCACACCUGUGGCACCCGCUUCCGCCACCUGCAAACCCUCAAGAGCCACCUGCGCAUCCACACGGGAGAAAAGCCAUACUCGUGUGAAAAGUGUGACCUUCACUUCCGGCACAAGAGCCAGCUGCGCCUUCACCUGCGACAGAAACACGGCGCCAUCACCAACACUAAGGUCCGCUACAAGGUCCUGACCGAGCCCUACCCGUCUAUUCUGCAAGCCUGCUAAAGAAAAGCUCUCAAGCCCAAUCUCCAAAAUGAUCCUUAAAUAGGGUGGGGAUGUCCAAAAUGGUACAUUUUUGGCAGGCAGCUCAUUUUGUACUGGAUCUCAACACAUUUUAAUGAUAAAAUGAGUCAAUUAUAAAUGAGAUGGAUUAGAUAGUACACUAGUUUGUGUUGUCUGCAAUAACAUAGUUGACUACAUUGGAUUGCUUUAGUGCACGAAAAGUAUCAGAAAAAGCAGCCUUUUAUCUAUUUGUAUGCAGGCCUCGGUGUGGAUGGUUUGGACAGCGCUGGGUGAUGGGAAGUUAUGGUGGCACUAAACGGGCAUCUUUGUUGGAUUUGUAGUGAUGCAGGUGACGUUACAGGAAGUUGUUUGGCAAGUUUGUGAAGAGUUGUGAGGUGAGAAAGAGCAGAAAGAAAGUGUCAUGUUUGUUUAUAUGGUUUGAAGGAAGUCUGUUAGGGGAGAGUAUAAAAGCACUUAGUGGUGAUUUACAAGUUUUGCACUGGCAUUUCUAUUUAAGUGUCUUGAUGUGCGUAGGCCUGGUGCCUGCAUGCCCGCUUUUUAGCUCAUUUAUGCUGCUGACAGAGUCCAAGCAGGCAAAGGACUUAAGCUGACAUUUUUCAACAGAACAUGUAGUCGAGAAACACUAAGGAAUGGGAUUUGCUGGCCAAAGAUGCUUUGUAUAAUUUGAAUUAAAUACUUUUCUUUUUUUUUUACAUCAACUGGAGCAAUCAUGUCCUGUCUCUUUAUUUACAGUCAUGCAUCGUGCAGUCAAAAGAUGGUAAACA